AGGUUUGGUCGAUUUGGGAACCACUGGCGGUAAAGCAGAAGAAAAACAUACAUUUUGUUCGUGCACUAAUUCGCGAAUUUCUCUAAUUUUGCAUCCGCGUUUGCCACUUUUGGUUAAUAAAGUUGUGCCUUGUUGAUUAACCGCACGGGCUCGUCCUGAAAUUCGUCACCUUGCCCUCGGUUUGUGUGUGUGUGACCGUCAAGUUGACAAUCCCGCCCCUUGCUACUAAACCCCCACCCACUCGCAUGCCUUCGCACCCGUUCGUCACCGCCGCGUGUACAUCAUCCCGCGACCAACCGACUCUGGUGGGGCUGCUCGCCGUGUUUUAACCUUUCUGACAUUGAAAAUUGUAUCACUUAGCUGCUGGGAGUCGGGACGGUGUAACGUACGAGUCCCGCGAUUCACGGUCCUGAAGUGCUAGUUUGAAGGUUUUCCGUUUUGAUUCGUGUGACGAAAUAGUGGAAAAGCACGCGUUGGAAAUUUGCAGUGUUUACUUAAACCUCAACCCCAGAAAGGCACUAAUAUUUCCCCUCCCUCAUUUGGUUGGGCUGAUUGUGAAUCGGCUUUCGCUGUGUAAAUCCUAGCAACAGUGCCUACUUCUCCUCAUCGUCCUCGUCCUCGUCCUCGUCGUCCGUAUCGUUUGUUUGGGAGGCCGACGAGUGCAGUAAGGCUGCUGGGAAGGAGGAGGCAUCAGGUGUUCGGUGUAGUACCACCCCCGUUCUCUAUGGUGACGGUUCCUACGGCCGGCUUCACGACUAUCUGAUCCGGUACCGGUCGGGGCGAUAUCGGUGUGCACCACCCGCGCGUACAAUAAGCCUCAAGAAAAGGAUGGCCAAAGACGAAGAGGAUGAUCUACUGCCCGACAAGGAUGCGGCCAAAGGCUUCUACGCCAAGUACGAACCGAAGGAGAUCCUCGGCAGAGGAAUCAGCUCAACUGUUCGGCGAUGUAUCGACAAGGAAACGGGCAAGGAGUAUGCCGCGAAGAUCAUUGAUCUUGGGGCAGCCGAGACGGGCGAUUCGAAUCACAUGCUUGAAGCGACACGACAAGAAAUCCAAAUCCUGCGCCAAGUAAUGGGACACAAGUUUAUCAUUGAGCUGCAGGAUGUGUUUGAAUCGGAUGCAUUCAUAUUCCUCGUGUUCGAGCUGUGCCGGCAGGGUGAGCUGUUCGAUUAUUUGACCUCGGUUGUAACGCUAUCGGAGAAAAAGUCUCGCUAUAUCAUGCGCCAAAUCUUUGAGGGCGUUGACUACAUCCACUCCAAGAACAUCGUGCAUCGUGAUCUGAAACCGGAAAACAUUCUGCUCGACGAUAACCUUAAUGUGAAGAUUACAGACUUCGGGUUCGCCCGGGUGCUCAAAGCGGGCGAGAAGUUGUAUGAUCUCUGCGGUACCCCUGGCUAUUUGGCACCGGAAACCCUUAAAUGCAACAUGUUUGAAGACGCACCCGGCUAUUCACGUGAAGUGGACAUUUGGGCCUGUGGCGUCAUCAUGUUCACGCUACUAGUAGGAUGUCCUCCCUUCUGGCAUCGAAAGCAGAUGGUGAUGCUGCGUAACAUAAUGGAAGGAAAAUAUAGCUUUACAUCGCCAGAAUGGGCCGAUAUAUCCGAGGAUCCAAAGGAUUUGAUCCGUAAAUGCUUAGUGGUCGAUCCGACGAAGCGAAUCACAGUCACAGAAGCAUUGAAGCAUCCGUUCUUCAACACAGUACUUUUCGAACAAGAUAUUGGACCUCUGAAACGGAGCCUUUCGGUUAAAUCGAGGCGCUUCAGUCGCAUUGCUGAUCUCGCACUGAAUCCGACGGAAAAUCUUCGUAAGCAAAGCCAGUUCAACGCCAGGAAAAAGUUUCAGUUCGCAAUUCUUUGUGUACGCGCGAUGAUUCGCAUCAAGAGGCUACGGUAUACACCGGAACCGUUGCGCGUCGAGGAUGCACUGAGAGACCCAUAUCGCGUGAAGGUGCUUCGCAAGGUUAUCGAUGGCUGUGCAUUUCGGGUGUACGGUCACUGGGUCAAGAAGGGCGAGGGCCAGAACCGGGCCGCUCUGUUCGAGAAUACGCCUCGAUGCGAGGUUUAUAAUCUUUAUAUCAACAGCCUUAAUCGAUAAGCUGUAACGGCUGUAGUGUGUGGACACCGUACCGAACUGUGACGUUAAUUCCGUGGAUUCGCGGCAACUCCCUAGAGGAAGGUGGGGUUGGCAGCCGAAAGCAGCGUGUCCACGGGUGCUUGGAAAGACUCUCCAUCUAGUGAAGGAAACGAGGAAACGAGCAGUAGCAUUCGCGCCAUUAUAUAGCGCUCCUGUCCUGUCCUGCCUGCUGCAGCUUGUGACUCUGAUCUCACGAGAAGGGAUCAGUUCACGUUAACAUUCGAUAAGCAAUUAGCAAUGGAAGGUUAGGUCCUACCAUUCUACCAUUGGCUAAGCUCGGCUAGAUUCUGAGCUUGCUGUACUCUCAGUUUGUACGAGGUGUUAGUCUGUUCGGGAUCUGGUUGGUCAUAUUUGCGUUAAUCUACUUAAAAACCAUCAGUAGUAGAAGGCACGUGGCUUGAUGCUAUGGGCAUGGAUAAUUGUUAUGCAGGACCUCUUAUAAAACGCAAGGGCAAAAAACGAGACCCCUGCUUCAGGAAACGAUAUUAUGUUUUAGUUGUCUUUUUUUAUUUCUCCUUUUUUAUACAAUAAUAUAAAUAAGUUAGUCAUAUGAACAUAAUUGUUAAUAGCUGCUAAGAAUAGCAAUAAACACAAAGAUAUAAAACAAUGAAUCACGAUACUGUGCC